AUGCCGCGCACCUUCUCCUCGGAGCUCCUCACCUUCUUCCGUGAUAUGGCCCUGAUGCGGCGCAUGAAGAUUGCCGCGGACUCCCUCUACAAGGCCAAGCUCAUCCGCGGCUUUUGCCACCUCUACGACGGCCAGGAGGCCGUCGCCGUCGGCAUGGAGGCCGCUUCACAAAAAUGGACUCCAUCAUCACCGCCUACUGCGACCACUGCACCUUCCUCGGCCGCGGCGGCACGCUCCCCGAGGUCUUCGCCGAGCUCAUGGGCUGCAGGGAUGGGUGCUCGAAGGGGAAGGGUUCCGUUGCGGUGUGGGUUGGCGUUUGCGCAGAAGUACUCCAAGGAUGAGAGUGUCACUUUUGCUAUGUAUGGAGAUGGUGCUGCCAAUCAGGGACAGCUCUUUGAGGAGGCGCUUAACAUUGCUGCACUUUGGGAUCUUCCUGCUAUUUUGUGCGUAUGGGUUGUGUGGGUGGCAUCGCCCUCUGGUGUUAGUUUCGGCAAUGCCGUCCGAGGGUCCUUUUGUGGGAGAUCAGCGACCAACGCGCCGCCGCACACGGAGGUUGCAUCCCAGUCAAAUCAGCGAGAUUGCAUUGUCGUCGCAGACUUGGAGGGCCACCAGGUCGCGUCGAGAACCGCACCAGGCUGCGUUGAAACUACGUCGAACCAAUGA